UCACAGACCCUUUUAGAAUGUUUGUGUUUGAAACUGAGAAAUGCUGCAGCUUCAGUAUUAGGAAGAAUAUAAAAAUAUUUCUCUUCGGAGUGAGAUUUUCUCCCAGCUAGAUUUAAUUUGGAUUUCACUCCACGUUCUGCAGAUCAAAAUGGCUGCAGGCAUUUUAAAGGAGCAUUACAACUUGCAGGAGAAAAACAACCAAAAUGAGAAACUCAUCAGGCAGAAGAAGGAUCACUUGGUCUCUGUGCAUAGGGAGAUAACUGAGGCCGAGAGCAAGAUUCAAGAGAAAUUAACAGUCCCAGGUGGCAUUCAGAAACAACAAGGGAAAAACAGCCGCCAGAGAAAACAUAUCCACAUCUUAGAGGAUAAACUUAACCAGGACACUAUUAAGUUUGAUGAGUUGCUAUGCAACAACACGGAGUACCGUGAACAAAUUGAUCACCUGCUGCACCAGAUAGGCAUAGGGAGCAAUAUCGAAGAGAAGUAUAACAGCCAGUUGGCUAUACAGCGAAACAUCAUGGAGAAACUGGGGGAGACGCUCGACCUUGCUGCCCAACAGAGGUCAGAGGCCGAGAACCGAAUGCUGGAGGCGAGGGAGAGCAUCGAUGUGGAGACAGUUCAGUUCACCAAGAGACAGAUGCAGCUGAAGACCCUCAUCAAGCACAAUGCCAAACUGCACACUUUCAUGGAGCGGAAGCUCCAGGAAAUUAUUCCUGUGGAAGACAAUGAAGACUCCAAGAUGAGAAAGAAAUUGCAACAAUAUCAGAGUGGAGUUAAGAAACUGGAGAUGUACGUGCAGGGACACAGUACGCUAGUGAAGGUCACCCGAGAAAGCGACCCGCGUCAAAUAGGCCACAAGUUUAUUUGGAAUGAACAGAAGAAUUUAGCUCAUAUCAGCUACAUCAAUGAGCUGCACAACAGGUGGAACAAGUUGAAGAACUGCACAGACAAGAUGAAGAGUGACAACCUGUUCCUGCAGCAAGAGAGCAAAGGACAUGAUGAGCAGAGUGAGAGUGAGUUUAAGGAUCUAGAGUCUGCACUGGAGAAGUACAGCUGUCUGGGAGACUCCCUGGAAAAGCAGUGCACUGUGGUUCAGAGGACUCUGGAGCAGCUGAAGACUGCCAUCAAUGUCCUAUUAAACUCGACAGUACAAGAAGAAGUCACUGUCACUCCUAAAAACAUUGCACACUUCACUGGUAUCCUUGAGGAGAUUAUUAGUAACCUGCUGAUCCAGGCCAACAACGUGGCAGACAAGCAGAUGGAGUUGCCUCCUCACAACCUGCUGUUGUACAACUCUGAGUUGCUGCCAGAAUACGAGGAAGUUGUGGAAACAGAGAGCGGCAGGUCUACUUCACGCUCACUGAAGUCUGCCUGAUCAGACAGAAACUGGUGCCAUAACAUCUGUCUUCUUCUUACUGGCAAUAACGGCAAUAAACAACACAUGACAGCACCA